AUGCGAGGGGUGAAGAAGGAAAACUUGCCGAGCAAGGUGUGCGUGGUGUGCGACAGACCGUUCACGUGGAGGAAAAAGUGGGAAAACUGUUGGGACGAAGUGACGACGUGCUCGAAGUCGUGCAACGGUAAGAGGAAGAGCGAACGACAGCGAGAGAACAAGGAAACGCGAGGCGAAGACGAAGACGAAGACGCGCGAGCGGCGCAUAAGAAGUCGGUCAAGGCGCAAAAGGCGGAACGGAGGGCGCGAUUAGAAUUCAAUGGUAAUCCAACGAGCGGGCAAAAGGCGUGCGAUGAAUGCUCGAAGAUGGUGAACGAGCUGAUUCGAUGUCAAACGGACGCGACGAAACGGUGGCGUAUGGUCUGCGGUUCGUGUUGGGUGAAAGUGAGCGGCGGCGUGGUGGAUGGUGACGCAAAUCACCCGCAUUAUCGAUACGGUGGGUUAUGGAAGAAUAGACGCGCGCAAAAUGCCGACGGAGGCGAGCCUUUAGUCUGUUAG